CGAGAAAGACUUUCAUGAAACGGGGCGGACCGCAGCCUUUAGACUACAGUAGAAUACAGGUUACAGUUACACGGCGAGAGCUCCAAGAGUCCACUACGCACGUGCAAACGUGACAAGUCUCUCUCCUCUCGCACCAACAUAAACUGCGUCGCGACGACACACAGCUCACAUGUCAGUGAAGUGAAAAGUGAGAGCCUUCUCCCAUAAGCCAAAACACCAACCGGCAGCUAUGGCCACACUCACUUAUCCGGCCGCGGCCGCCAUCAGAACCACCAAAUCAUCUCUCAGAAAACCCUUCUCCAUCAUCCCCAUCAAACCCAAUUCCAUCUCCCCACUCAAACCCCUAAACCUCACCUCUAAACCCGCCACCUUCUCAAUCAAAUCCACCGCCUCCUCCGACCACUCCUCCACCGCCACAACCACCAUUACCACCACCACCACCUCCUCCAUCUCCCCCUCCUCCCUAACUCUCAAAUCUCGCCUCCAAAACGGCCAGACCCUCUACGGCCUCUUCCUCCUCUCCUUCUCCCCCACCCUCGCCGAGAUCGCCGGCCUCUCCGGCUACGACUUCGUCGUCGUCGACAUGGAGCAUGGCCCCGGCGGCAUCCCCGAAGCCCUCUCCUGCCUCCACGCCCUAGCCGCCACCCAAACCCCCGCCAUUCUUCGCUUACCCGAGACCUCCGCAACUUGGGCCAAAAAAGCCCUAGAUCUCGGCCCACAAGGCAUCAUGUUCCCCAUGAUCGAAUCCUCCAAGGCCGCCAAGAAGGCCGUCUCCUACUGCCGCUUCCCUCCCGCCGGCGUCCGCGGGUCCGCCCACACCGUCGUUCGCGCCUCCAACUACGGCAUCGACGAGGGGUAUUUGAGUAAUUACGAGGACCAGCUGCUGAUCAUGUGCCAGGUGGAGAGCGAGGAGGGCGUGAAGCACGCGGAGGACAUCGCAGCCGUCGAUGGAGUCGACUGUAUUCAGAUGGGGCCGUUGGAUCUGAGCGCCAGCAUGGGGUACUUGUGGGACCCCGCGAACAAGAAGGUGAGGAAAAUGAUGGAAAAGGCCGAGAAGGCCGUGCUGGGGUCCGACCCCAAAGGGGGUGGGGCCUACUUGGCCGGCUUCGCUAUGCCCCAUGACGGGCCUCGCGAUUUGGGGACACGUGGAUACCACAUGGUGUCGGGAGCCGUCGAUGUAGGGCUGUUUAGGAGCGCGGCGGUGGAGGACGUGAAGAGGUUCAAGAUGAGCUUGAUGGACGGUGCAGAUGAUGAGCGGGAGGACGAGAAGGAUGCUGAUGAGAAGUACUGGAGCGAAUGAAGAGGCAGACUGUUGAAAGCUUUCUUUUUAGGCGGGGAGAAAUAUUGACGAAAAUAAUUAGAAUUUUGGACUCGCUUAUUUGUAAAUUUUGAAGUGGGG